AUUCGUUUUUAGCACGCCGUCUUGAUUUUUAAGUUAUAUAGUUUCUGUCAAAAGAUAUUUAGUUAAGCAUGUCUUAUUUAAUAAAAAAAGAUGCAACAACAGAACCAGAAGAAUACCUCAAAGAAGUGGAAUAUAGAAGUAAUUUUUAUUGUUACGUAAUCAUUUGAGUUAUAUAAUAAUAAAUGUCGAUGUUCUAUCAGCCAAAGUCUAUCUGGAGACUCAAUAUUCCAUUGGAAAACAACUAGGAGCUGGUGGAUUUGGAGUUGUCUAUGAAGGCAUAAGAAAAACGGAUAACUUUGCAGUUGCGAUUAAAAAGAUUAAGAAGUACAAAGUGCCGAAGUGGGGAAAGGUAGCAAAUUCCUAUGUUCUUAUGUAAUAAGUAUUUUUUUUUGAAAGUGGCCUUUCACUUAUCAACCACGGUGACAAAAACACAGUGAAGUUAAACAAAAAUCCUUUAUUGACAAAGUCGCAUUUAGCACUCCUAUUUUACAGAACGAACUUUGACGUCAAUCGAUUAUAUUGCUUCUAAAGAGAAAGAAAAAAAAACAUCUCAUUUCCCGCCAUUUUAAUGUCUACAAGGCUGUAGUAGGUGUUCUGUAUAGGGGUCCAUUCAAAUUGAAAGCGUCACUGUGAACUCGGCUCCCUAUUUCAAAAAGAAUAUUCGAUAUGAAGAGGCCGGAUGUAAAUAUCGUUAAGGGAUAUUUUAUAGUGAAAUACCGUACGGAAGUUGACAUGCUGAAUGAUGAGAGGGUGCCUAACGAAAUUGUUCUACUCGAUAAAGUUCAACACGUCGACGGGGUUGUAAAGAUAAUCGAAUUUUUUGAUGAUGUCGAUAACUUUAUCCUCAUUAUGGAACGACCUUCUCCAGCUGUUGACCUAUUUGACUAUAUAUCGGAAAAGGUUACGAUUGACGAGGACACCGCUCGGGAUUUCAUGCAGCAAAUCGUCCGAAUACUAAUAGAUUGCCACGACGCAGGCGUCACUCAUCGCGAUCUGAAAGACGAAAAUAUACUAGUUGAAAUCGAUACUGGAAAGCUACGAUUAAUUGAUUUCGGCUCCGGAUCUCUUACAAAACAAUCUGCGUUUAAAGACUACGAUGGUACCAGAGUUUACAGCCCUCCGGAAUGGAUUAGACAGAAGCGUUACUUUUACGAACCCUUAACAGUCUGGUCAUUGGGAAUUUUAUUAUAUGAUAUGGUUUGUGGGGAUAUACCAUUCGAAAAAGAUGAACAAAUCUUAAUGGCAGAUGCCGAAUUUCAAGACUCUCAAAUAAGUGAUGAAUGCAAAAACUUGAUUAAAUUAUGCCUUACAAGAGAGUGGAGAGAUAGACCUACCUUAAGGGAAAUAUUAAAUCAUGAGUGGAUGUGCACAUGCAGUCUUCAAAAUGGAAAAUCGCAAAAUUCCUCAACCAACAGUUUGAAUAGCACAUGAAGAUCUGAUAUGAAAGAAAAGGAAUCUUUUUUUACUGUUAAAAGUUGGUGCUAAACUGACUCAAAAAUCCAAUGCAAAAGGCAUGAAAAACAAGUUGAAAUGUGUUCGUUUUUAAGUGAAUAAUUUGUUAUAUCCUUUCGUUACGAAUGCGGGUUGUCUUUUACUUUUUUUACAGCUUCUGUUUUUAACUGCUUGAAUUAUGACGGAAAUACGGUGUUUUUAAUAAUUAUUGAUGUUGUGAGAUAAUGUCUUUGUAUAUUUAAGUAUGAAAUACUUCUUUUUUUAUAAUAAAUAAAAGAAAGUACACG